AUUUAUGUCAUACAUUUAACGAAAGUCAGCGAUGUUCACUUGAAGAUAACAUAUUCGAGAGAUACAAUUCAUUCUAGGCCUGCAUUCUUACGCGAAACCUAAUCUCCUCUGAAUUUUAAAUACUGUAAUCGAUUUUUUAAUUGAGUUAGAUUCCUUAUCAAAAAUACUCUAAUCAAGUACCAAACAGGAUAUCCUUGGAAAGAAAAUACUUUUUGCAGAAUAGUAUUUGGAAGGAAGAUCUAAAAAAAAUGAAAGCAACCGUGGUCGUCAUUGUAAUUUUGAUCGAUAUUCUAAGUUUUGGUUAGUAUAGCUUUUUUUAAAUGGUAAUACUAUAUAAAGCCAUUUUUUUGUCGCUAAUAUUUAACAAGUAAAAAAAGUCUAUUUUCUUGUUUCUUUAAAGAAGCUUCAUAAAAAAGGCUACUUUAAACAAGGACACAAUUUAACUGCUUUAACUAUUGAAAUGUUUAUACGUGUCCUUUAAGAGUCUUUGUCAUAGAAAUUUCACCUAAUCUUCACAUACACUUGCAUAAUUCACUAAAUAUGGAAAUAAGAUUCUCCAUUAAACACUACUGUCAUAUAAAUUUAUAAUAUAAUACUCAACAUCUAUUAUAACAGGACUGUACAUAAGAAUAAUGAAAAAUGCCGUAUAUUCACAAUAGGCCCAUGCCUUUGUUUUACACCCAUUUCUGAACAAUAAUUAAAUAUAAAGUAGAAAAAAACUAUGAUAUGUCUUUUUCAUUAAUUUGAUAGUGAAAGGCAUUAGAGAAGAUGCCGACUAUUGGGGAAAAGUUGCUGAUGAAGAACUUAAUAUAGCUCUAAAAGUUGAUCUGAAAAAGGAAAAGGCAAAGAAUGGCAUCCUAUACCUUGGAGACGGAAUGGGAUUAACAACAAUUGCUGCGGCUAGGUGGUACGAUAUCCAAGAAAAAAAGCUAGAGGGUUCGAGAGAGUCUUUACUUUCUUGGGAAAAAUGGCCUUUCGCUGCCUUGUCGAGGACGUAUAAUGUUGACUUGCUUACUCCAGAUUCUGCGGGAACAGCAACUGCAUUUUUGACUGGAUCAAAAACGGUUGCUUCCGUUGUUGGUGUUGACGCAAAUGUUAAAAUAAAGAAUUGUUCUACAGUUGAAAAAGCAAAAAUUAAUUCAAUUGCUAAAAGUGCAAUUGCGGAAGGAAAAAGCGUAGGCGUUGUCACUACAACAAGAAUAACUCAUGCUACACCAUCGGCCUUAUAUGCUCAUGCAGCUUAUCGAUAUUAUGAAGGCUCGGCCGAUUUACCAACUGAUCAAGUUUGCGAGGAUAUCGCUAGUCAGCUGAUUAACGGCGAAGUGGGAAAGAAAUUAAAAGUUAUGUUGGGAGGUGGAAGAUAUAACUUUAUUCCAAAGGGCACCUACGAUGCAGAAUAUACAAACAAAGCGAGUAAGAGGAGCGAUGAUCUGAAUUUGAUAGAAAAAUGGAAAAAGAUGAAGAAGGAGGACGAUAAUUUAACAGACGAACAAUAUAAAUAUGUGCAAACUUUGGAUGAAUUUAAUGCAAUCGACACAGAUAAAGUUGAUUAUUUACUCGGUCUAUUUAAUCCGAGUCACAUGCAAUACGAAGCGCAUAGAAGUGAAGAUAUUUGGAAAGAACCAAGUCUCUCCGAAAUGGUUGAAAAAGCGAUUAAAAUUUUAAAGAAAAAUCCCAAAGGCUAUUUUCUAUUGGUAGAAGGAGGCAGAAUAGACCAUGGUCACCACGACAAUCAAGCCUUUCUAUCUAUAAAGGAUGCAUCAGCGUUUAACGAAGCCAUAGCACACUCUCAACAAUUCAUAUCCCAUUCUGAUACUCUUCAAGUAGUGACCGCUGAUCAUUCGCAUUCAUUCACUGUUAGCGGCUAUUCAAAAAGAACUGAUAACAUACUAAAGUUUGCUACGUCAUCUAACGAGACAACUCUUGCAGACGAUAAGAAACCUUAUAAUAUUCUUGCCUACACCACAGGUCCAGGCUAUAAAACACAUAGGAAAGAUGGUCCUAGAAAAGAUUUAACAAAAGUUGAUACCACCGAUCCUGAUUUCGUAUCAGAUUCUUUCCUUCCCAGACAAUGGGAGAGUCACGGCGGAGAGGAUGUGGCUAUUUACGCAAAAGGGCCGUGGGCUCAUCUAUUCCAUUCAGUUCACGAACAAAAUUACGUAAAUCAUGUUUUUGAGUAUGCAAUGUGUAUUGGAAAAUAUAAAAGUUCCUGUAACAAAACUCCAGCUGGAACUAAAAUUGAUAAAAAUUCUAAGGAACAUUCGGAAUAUUGGAAAAAGAUCGGUGAAAAUGAAUUAAAAAUUGCUCUCGAGAAGAAGAAACUAUCGCAAAAGGCUAAGAAUACCGUAUUAUUCGUUGGAGAUGGAAUGGGUUUAUCUACAGUUACAGCCGCAAGAUGGCACCACGCUCAGAAACGACAAAUAGUUGGAUCUAAGAGUCAACUGCUUUCGUGGGAGGACUGGCCUGAUAUUGGUCUAUCUAGAACCUAUACGGUCGAUUCUUUGACAGCUGAUUCGGCGGGAUCGGGUACAGCCUUACUUUCUGGUAUUAAAACUUAUUCGCAGGUAUUGGGGGUUGACAUGAACACGAAGAAAGAGAUUUGCUCAACAACGAAUGAUGGAAAAAUUGAUUCCAUUGCUCAACACGCUCUGAAAGAAGGAAAAAGCGUUGGAGUAAUAACGACAAGCAGAAUUACAGAUGCAACUCCUGCUGCACUUUACGCUCACUCAGCCUUCAGGGAAUGGGAGGGAUGGGCUCCGACACCAUGUAAAGAUAUUGCUACUCAAUUAAUUGAAGGAAGCGUCGGGAAACAAUUGAAAGUUAUACUCGGAGGCGGUAGGAAGAGCUUUAUCCCAAAAGAUAAGAGAGACGAGGAAGAUAUAAGUGAAAUGAGUACAAGAAAAGAUAACAAAGAUCUAAGAGAAACUUGGAAAUCAAUGAGAAAAGACGAGGGUCUAAAAGAUGAUAAAUUCGCUUAUGUAGAAAGGAUGAACGAAUUUAAUUCGAUCGAUCCGAAAAAAGUUGAUUAUCUCUUAGGCCUAUUUUCCGGAGCUGAAAUGAAUUACGAAGCAAACAGACUAAAUGAUACAUGGGGCGAGCCAAGUUUAGGCGAUAUGGCAAAAAAAGCAAUUGAAAUCUUAAAGAAAAAUCCGAAAGGUUAUCUUUUGCUGGUAGAGGGUGGUCGCAUUGAUCACGGACAUCACCAUAAUCUUGCCCAUUUAGCUCUAGACGAUACAUUAGCUUUACACGACGCCGUCGAGAAAGUUGAAAAAAUGACGAAAAACGACGAUACUUUAAAAAUAGUAACAGCCGAUCAUUCACAUUCAUUUAUCAUUAACGGAUAUUCGGAUAGGAGCGAAAGUAUUUUCGGUUUUGCAAGGAAUCUAGAAGGCGACAGAUUAGCCGAAGAUAAAAAGACAUAUACAAUCUUAUCCUACACAAAUGGGCCUGGGUACCACUCAAAUAGAAUUAAUGAUAUAAGAAAGAACUUGACAUUAGAAGAAACAACCAACCCUCAUUAUGCAUUCGACUCUGGCGUCCCACUUGAGGAUGAAACUCAUAGCGGUGAAGACGUUGCAAUCUACGCUAAAGGACCAUUCUCACAUCUGAUUCACGGCGUUCAUGAACAGAAUUAUAUACCUUACGUAAUAAGUUACUCAAUGUGCAUCGGAAAGUACAAUAAGGCUAAACAUUGCUCCACUAAUGGGAAUGAUAAAUUAAAUUCCAUGAAUAUUUAUAAGCUUUUAAUUAUUUCUGUAAUUCUUCUUUUUCAUGCAAAAUAAAAAAGGGCAUCAACAAGAAAAAAUGAUUAUCUUUUGAAUGCUAUUCUCCAAUUAAUGAAAAUUUUCUUCUCUGUCUGCCUGCCUGUCUGUCUCUCUUUCUUCUUCCCUCUCUCUCUCUCUCUCUCUCUCUCUCUCUCUCUCUCUCUCUCUCUUUCUCUCUAUCU